UUGAUGGAAGGAUUGGAGAGGUUUAAGAUGACAAAAUAAUUACUACUAAUCAUAAAGCUAUUUUAAAAUUGAUCAUCAAUGGAUACCCAAUCUACUUCCAGAGAAGUCUUCUUCAGUGAAUCCCAAAUCCAGUCUGUACUUCAAUCUCUCUCUCUCUCCACUCACACACACAGCUUGCUGAUCAUAAUUGUCAAAAAGGUACAAUAUUUCCCUCUCUAAUUAAUCAUCCCUCUUCAUUCUUAUUUCUUCUAUUUUGUUCUCUCUCUACCACCCGAAGCCCUAGUUCUCCUCCUGUUCGAUGCAGUGAUCUCCAAGACGCUGUAAAGUCAUUCAAUCGCAUGAUCCAAAUGCGACCUUUCCCUCCCAUUUCUCGUUUCAACAAAGCUUUAGGUCCUCUUUUGAAAAUGGGUCAUUACGACAUCGCUCUUCCUCUUAUUGGGAAAUUGCAUUUUCUAGGCAUACAGGACAAUUUCUACACCUUCAACAUUGCUAUUAACUGUUACUGCCGCGUUAAUUGAGUCGAUUUUGGGUUGUCUCUUUUGGGUACCCUCUUCAAACGCGGUUAUACACCCAAUGUAACUACCUUCACAACUCUGAUUAAUGGACUUAUUUUGCAAGAUAAAACUCCUCAAGUUGUGGAGUUAUUUAAGAAAUUAAUGAGAACUAGAGAAAUUGAACCUGACGUGGUUAUGUAUGGAACCAUUGUCAAUGGGCUCUGCAGAACAGUGAACACUAUCAGGGCUGCUAGUUUGCUUAGGAUAAUGGAAGAGGGAAGUCGUAAACCUAACACCAUAGUGUAUAACACGGUCAUUGACAGUCUUUGCAAGGAUAGAAUGGUGGAUGAUGCUAUGAAACUCUUUUCUAAGAUGAAUGAACAAGGCAUUCACCGAGAUGUUGUCACUUAUACCUCUUUGAUUCAUGGCCUAUGUAAUUUUGGCUGGUGGAAGGAGGCUACUGGAAUGUUUAUAGAAAUGUUGGAUAGUGGCAUUGCUUUGGGUGUUCAUACGUAUAGUGUGUUGCUAGAUGCAUGUACCAAGGAAGGGAAGAUGAAAGAGGCAGAGGGGGUACUUGAAGUCAUGAUACAAAGAGGUGUGGAUCCUAAUGUAGUCACAUACAAUACUCUAAUGGAUGGAUAUUGUCUGCAAGGCCACAUGGAUGAAGCAAUCAGAGUGAGGGAUCUUCAUCCUGAUGUUUUUAGCUAUACCAUUCUAAUCAAUGGAUAUUGCAAGAACAUGAAAAUAGAUGAGGCCAUGCAUCUCUUUUGAGCAUUGCCUCAAAGGGGGUUGAAACCCAACAAUGGAACUUUCAACGCUAUGUUAUGGGGUUAGUUUCAAAUAGGUAGAUGUGGAGCUGCUCAAAAACUUUUCAAUGAUAUGUAAGCUGUAAGCAUAAAUCCAGAUUCUCAAAUUA